GUAUUUUAUGAUUUUUUGAUACUCUUGGCUUUGCUGGGUCCUCUCUCAUGUCGCCCAGACCAUGUGCCAUCUCUGGCAUCGCCUCCUAUUCCAAAGCAGUGCCCAACGUCCAAGCAGUCCGCCGUUUGGCGACCUCGCCCAGCUGUCCACUUGACGUCAUGUCACCCAACACCAUGGAUUCCUCUUCGCUCCUCAACUCCACUGCCUAGACCUUGGGCCCCACCAACAAGAGAACUAGCCCCAGGGGCAUCACCUACAAAGUCAGCAGCAUGGGUGCCACCUUUGCCUCCAAGGUCCACCUUUUAG